CAAGGAUGUGACCAGUCAGUGACAUAAUGUCGCUGCUUUAUGAAGUUGAGACAUGCGAAAAGCCAUUACCAAGAUUUUUUUUCAUUACUAUCUUUGGUUUUAGACAGAAUUUACUCAAGGUAUUGAUUUUCUUUAGAAACAAGGAACAAUUCCUUUUUUACAGGUCCCUGAAAAGUGGAACCGAUUUCUACAGACUUUUCUUGGUAAUUCUAGUUGAUUUUGUUUCAGCUAUAAGUAUUGGUGUUCUUUGGUUUUUGAUUUGCCAUUGCGAAAAUGAAGAAUAAGUACAGUCCUCUUUCAGACUCUGACGAGUCUUUCAAAACGCUCAUUGAUGAGAAAUCAGAUAUACAUUCUUCAGAGGGUACGCCUCCUCCGUAUUCAGCUCCGAACAAAUUUAUUGAUUUAGAAAUGGCUGAUGGAUCUGCUCAGCAUUCUGCCCAAGAGUCCACUAACAACGCUGGGUCGGAUUCGAGAUAUUCGAAGUGGAUUCGAAUAGCUAUCUUCUUUUUUUUGCAUCUUUUGUCAAUGUCUCUAAUUCCUAAAGAAUGGUUCAAGCAAACUGGUACAGUGCUAUCCAACAUGUGUGCCAACAUGUGUGUCGCAGUAAUAUGUACGGCUUCUCUGAAUGCCCCUUGCUAUUCCGUGUAUUAUUUUGUAAAGAAGGUAAUAGGAUUUGAAAAGAUGGACAAAGGGUUUUUCUAUUUUGUUUGCAUUGUUAACGUUGCCGUGUUUGUUUUAUUUUGGAGUACGACGGAUACGCGACAAUUUCGAAUAUUCAUUGCUGCUUCAGGAAACUUCAUGGGAAACAUGGUGAAUGACAUGGGAAAUGGCAUGCGAAGCAUACCAAACGGCAUAAGAAAUGCUGCGAAUUAUGUUCGACCGACAGAUCCAGAAAAUGAAGCACCUCAAAACGAAGAAAUUGAGCUUCAACCUUUUGCUGGGCAAAGCGCUGAAGUUUGAGUUUUAACGAAUCUUCUCCAUCCCUCCUAUAAAUCACAUUUUCGUUGGAAGCAUUCAUAUCAAUUGCAAUCCCUCGAGUUUCUGUAUUCUUGUCCACAAAAGUAAGCACAGCUUCAUUCGGCAGGUUGGAUUGUUUUUCACGUUCAUUCUUUUAUGUAUUUAAGAAUUCGUCUCGCAAUAGUGUUAUUUAUGAAUCGUUCAUUUUCUUUCUGAUGAACAUCCUUUGUUAAUGCAACCUUUUUAAUGAUUGUUUAAUUGUUAUGACAAUAAUUUUGCAAAAUAAUCAACCGAUUCUAACUCAAAACUGUGCGGUGUAAUCACAUGUCUUUCAUGAUUUGUAGGGAACGAGUGAUUGCCUUACCGUCAAUGUUAAAUUUCAUUUACAGCAUAGCAAGCACAAAUCUUUCAACUGAACGAUCCGACUUUUGUAGCCUAAUGAAUCAAAUUGUCGUCUACUUAGAGAGUCAAAUAAAUGAAUUGAAACACGAAUUAUCAG